UUGUCGGUUGCACGUGUGCGGUGUUUUGUUUUGCUCCAUGAGCCCGGUUUGAUUUACCCGUAAAACUCGAAUUAAAACAAUGGUGGCCAAGGGGAAAAAGGCCAGCGCCGAUGCGGUGUACGCCAAGAAGACGGUCAAGUCGUCCAAUCCGUUCGACAACACGGCAGCACAGUCGAGCAAGCGGGGCCAGAAACAGAAUCCCUUCGAUGUGCAUGUGAACAAGGAGAAGUUCAAGAUUCUGGGCAGGAUCUGCAAGCAUGACAGGGGAAUGCCGGGCGUGUCGCGGGCCAAGGCCCUCCAAAAGAGAUCCCAGACACUGGGGCAACAGUUCGCCGUGAAGCACAAGACGAAUCGUUUCAAGGAUAACCGAAUUGGCAAGCAUUUAAGUGGCGACCAGCUGACCGAGUCCGUGAUGAAUGCCCGCUACCUGGCCGAGAAGAUGUCCCAGGUGCGAUCCAAUCAGAAGGCGGAGAAGUUCAAUCUAAACGACGACGAACUGCUGACGCACAGAGGCCAAACUCUGGAGGAGAUCGAACAGUACAGGGAUGAGCGAUCCGACGACGAGGAGCUGGACGACGAGGCGUUGGACGCCGACUUCACAUCUGCUGCCCACUUCGGUGGCGAUGGCGACACAGCCGAGGAUCGCCAAAAAGUCAUCGAUGAGAUGAUCGUCGAGCAGAAACGCCGCAAGAACGAGAUUGCGAAGGAAAAGGACGAGGUGUACGAUCUCACCGAGAAACUGGAUGCCAACUACAAGCUCCUGCUGCCGCUGGUGGCCAAGGCCACAAAGGAUGAGCAGGACGCCAAGCCACCGCCGGAUGCCUACGAUAAACUGCUGAAGGAGAUGAUUUUUGAGCCUCGCGGCAGUGUCACGGACAAACUAAUCAAUCCCGACGAGCUGGCCAAACAGGAGGCCGCUCGCCUGGAAAAGCUGGAGAACGAGCGACUGCGUCGUAUGCGGGCAGAGGGCGAGGAGGAAGAGCAGGCAUCAGUUUUACAGCCCAAGCAUCGUUCGGCUGAUGAUCUGGAUGAUGGUUACUUCUUGGAAGGUGGAGAUGAUCAGGAGGAUGAUACGCUGGCCUACGAUUUGGAUGGCAAUCUGGGCACCCACCUGAAUGGAAAGAAGGAAGCUAAGGCGGAGAAAAACGGUGAUGAGGAGGGUGUUGAAGAUGGCGAGGAAGAGGAGGAGGAAGACUCCGAUGAGGACAGCGAUUCAGAGGUCGAUAAUCUCAGUGAUCUUAAGGAGUCAGAGAGUGAGUCCGAGGCGGAAGAAACUCCUCGGGUUAGCAAAAAGAAAGUGAAAAAAUCAGCUGAGCUAUCCACUGCAUCUAUGGACACCAGCAUACCAUUCACCAUAAAGAUGCCCAAGACCUACGAGGACUUCACCGAACUGCUCUCCAAACACGCUGCUCCUCAGAAGGCCACCAUUGUCGAAAGGAUCAUCAAAUGCAAUCAUCCCAAACUGGAAGGCGUGAAUCGCGAAAACGUCGUCAAGUUGUACUCUUUUCUUCUGCAGUACAUCAAGGAUUUGUUUGAGGAUGCCAGCGAUCAAGACAUUCGUGAACACUUCACACUGCUCUCCAAACUCAUGCCCCAUUUGUAUGAGCUAACUCAGUUGAAUCCCGAACGCAUGUCCAAUACUUUACUGGAGGUAAUCAAAGAAAAGUACGGAGAGUUCAGGAAAAAUCACAAGAUGUAUCCCUCACUGGACACUCUCAUUUACUUCAAACUGGUUGCCAACUUGUAUUCGACUUCAGAUUUCCGUCACCCUGUGGCCACACCGUGCUUUAUUUUCAUGCAGCACAUCCUGUCCAGAGCACGUGUGCGAACGCGUCAGGAAAUAUCUAUGGGCCUCUUCCUGGUCACUGUAGUCCUGGAGUUUGUGUCUCAAUCCAAAAGACUGCUCCCAGCUGCUUUUAAUUUCCUGCAGGGCAUUGUGCACAUGUCCAUACCCAAAAGGGAUGUGGAACAGUUGGAAAUUACGCCGCCCUUUGAGCGCGAUGGUCCUUUGAGCAAACUGCUGGCAAUCCCAGCUAAUAAUAAGGAAUCCAAAAGCUUGGAGCGCCAACAACUGCAGGCUGCGGACUUGGUCACCCAAACGAUCACUCCAGAUUUCAAGGUGCGGGCACUGGACACAACCAUUCUGCUGAUCAAGGAAGCUCUCACGCUGGUGGAAGAGCAGGUGGGUGCCUGCUACCUCGCCCAACCCUUCCUGAGACUACUCGCCCGCCUGUCACUUGAACCCUACCCCGAUCAUGUGCAUUUGCACCACAAGGAAGUCACCGAACUAGCGGAGAAACUGGCUGCGCAAAAAAUGAAACCUCUGGCCCCAGCGGAGAGGAAACCGAAAGCCCUUAGGCUACUGGAGCCCCGAUUCGAGGCAGUCUACGAUGACAAGCGGCGACCAAAGAUGUCGAAGGCUAAGGAAGAGCGCGCCAAACUGCUGCACAAGAUCAAGCGCGAGAAGAAGGGCGCCAUUCGUGAGAUUCGCCGAGAUACGGCCUUCGUCCAGGAGCUUAAGCUCAAGCAGACGCUGCAAAGCGACAAGGAGCGCCACGAGAAGGUCAAACGCAUCUACCAGGAGGCCUCCAUGCAGCAGGGCGAGCUCAAUGAGCUGGCUCGUGCCAAAAAGAAGAAAAAGUUCUAGACGUGUUAAAUUAGUUUUAGCAUAACCCUACCCUAAGCUGAGAGUAAAGAACAGAGCAUUAUUGCUCAUAUUUUAAAAUCACAAAAA